AUGCGGAUCAACCUCACAGGUGCUGCGGCCCGUGAGCUCCAGGCGCGCGGGUGGCGGCAGCGGUUCGAUGCCGAGCAAGUGGUGAGUGCGGCGUCUGCGGGCGCUGAGUGCGUCAUCCUUGCAGACAUCGACGGCGACGGUGAUCUUGACAUGGUCGUUGCAGCGGCGGGCGACAACACGGUUGCCUGGUUUGCCAACACCGACGGCGGCGGGACGUACGGACCGGCGCAGAUUGUGACCACCACGGCCAGUGGGGUGCAGAUGGUUGUUGCCGAGGACAUCGACGGUGACGGCGAUCUUGAUUUGGCGGUCGCUUCGAACGGCGACCACACUCUCGCGUGGUUCGCCAACACCAACGGCAGCGGCGACUUUGGCCCAGCGCAGAUUGUGACGAGCACGGCUAGCGGUGCAUCUGUGGUCGCUGCCGCUGACAUGGACGGUGACGGCGAUGUGGACCUCAUCGUGGGUGCCCUCGACGAAGGCGCUGCAUCAUGGUUUCCCAACACCGACGGCGCGGGCACCUUUGGCUUGGGCAACGUCAUUGCCACGUCUGUUAACCUCCCGCGCACGGUCACCCCAGUAGACAUUGAUGAUGACGGCGACAUCGACAUUGUCAUUGGCUCGGGCUCGACGUUUUCCGCCAAGGCGCUCUCCUGGUACUCCAACGAUGGGACCGGGAGCUUCAGCUCGGCCAGGACAGUCCGGUCGGUAUCGGCGACGCCGACGGCUGUCACAGCUGCCGACAUCGACGGCGACGGCGACUGGGACCUUGCCGUCGGCCUUGUCGAGACCGGCGAAACGGUGUGGUACCGUAACCUUGACGGCGCCGGUGCCUUUGCCGCCGCUCGCACCAUUUCCACCACUGCUAACUAUGUCACCGACAUUGUGGCGGUUGACAUGGACGGUGACGGCGACCUUGACAUUGCGACGGCGUCGAAGAACGACAACACGGUGGCGUGGCGCGAGAACACCGACGGUUUCGGUAGCUUUGGCCCGGAGAUACUGGUGACGGCGAGCGCAAGCGGGGCGGCGUCAGUGGCGGCGGGAGACAUCGAUGGGAACGGUGCGAUCGACUUUGCGGUCGCAUCGGCGACGGCUAACACUGUUGGCUGGUUCCGGAACGCCAUGUACUGGCACAUGUAUGCCCGCACCCCCGUUGUGGUGACAUCGGCUGCGCCUGGCGCUGCAUCGGUUGCUGCAGGAGACUUUAACGGUGACGGCGCCGUCGACCUCGCCUCGAUCUCGUCCAACGACCGCAAGGUGGCGUGGUACGCUGGCGAUGGCAGCGGCAGCUUCGGCGCUCAGACAGUGAUCGACACCAACGGCGGCGGCGCAGAGCAGGUCAUCGCCGUAGACGUCGAUGGCGACGGCGACUCGGAUGUGGUUGCCAUCUCGACCGGCGGCGGGUACGCCCGGUGGUACGCCAACACCGACAGCGCUGGCACCUUUGGCCCGGCGCUGGACAUUGCCACCACUGACGUGCCAUACGGCGCGGCAGUCGCAGAUCUGGACGGCGAUGCUGAUGUUGACCUCGCCAUCGUCUUCCGUGGUCAUCUGGCGUGGUUGGCAAACACCGACGGCGCCGGGAACUUUGGAACGGCGGUCACAAUCUCGACUUUUCUGCUUAGCGGGAGCGCGGUCAUCGCCGCCGACAUCGACGGCGACGGCGACAGCGACCUUGUGACGACCUCGCAGCUCGACCGCAAGGUUGCGUGGUACGAGAACACCAACGGUGCUGGCGCCUUUGGUGUGCAGAACGUGAUCACGUCUUCCGCCUACGGCGCGUGCUCGGUCGUGGCGGCAGACAUCGACGGUGACGGUGAUCUUGACCUGGCCUCGACCUCGCAGUUUGACGACAAGGUGGCGUGGUACGACAAUACUGACGGCGCCGGAGCUUUCGGUCCGCUCACGCUCAUCAGCUCCUUGGCCUCGGCGCCCGUCGCGGUCGUCGCCCUCGAUGCCGACAGUGACGGUGACGUCGACCUCGCGGUCGUGUCGGCCAUCGACAACUACGUCCGGCUCUUCCAGAACAACGGCGAUGGCAGCUCGUUUGCCAUCGUCCCCAUCACCUCAGCAGCCAGCGAGCCAGAGGGCUUGGCGGCGGUCGACAUCGACGCGGACGGCGACUCGGAUCUGGUUGUCGCCAACUCGGGUGCCACCACCGUCACAUACUUUGCCAACAUCGGGCCGGCUCCGCCACCGUCGCCGCCGUCGCCACCAGCUGGGCCAGGAGGCAACGCGACAGCCAGCGCAGCCGGCACGGUGCGCGGCUCGUCAUCGGCCAGCGAUGACGACACGAUGCUGAUCAUUGGGGCGUCGGCCGGGGCGGCAGUGGUUGCAUGCUGUCUAGCCGCCGUGGUGGCGGUAGUUGUCGUCCGCCGGCGGCGCGGAGGCCAAAAGGCGGACGGUGGCGAGGUAGGGAGCGAACUCGGGCGCGGAGGAAGCGAGGUGGCGCUCAGCCAGAUCUGA